UGUGGAGUGGUGUUCCUGCUCUGCUGAGGCUGGGCCCUUCCAGUGAGCCAGCCCCAGUGAGCUCUUGUCCUUUGCUGUUGCUUCUGGACUCUGCCACAACAGCCACAGGAGGUGUUCUCCCUCUUUCCACGAGCAGGAGUUGACUUCCCACCUGACCCUGUGGUUCGGGACUUCGAGAAGAUGAUCUCAUACAGCUGAACCAGUUGGACCAGUGGGCGAGGACUGGUGCCCGGGCUGGCUGCAGUGGGGGUGGUGAGGCAGCUGUGUCACCAGGACAGGAGGGCAGGGGCAGGACGUGCCAGGCUCCAGCACACACAGGGCUCUGCUGCAGCAGCUCCAGCCCGGGACAGCCACGAGCAGCUCCUGCACCUGACAUCGGGAGAUGGACCCCCGGAGAGGGCAAGAGCCUGUCAGCGUGAUGGGGGCUGUGCUGGGCAUCGGGCUGGCCUUGCUGAUCCUGGUGGUUUUCAGCUACACCUUCAUCCGCUGGUACCAGAGGGGCCAGCGCUGGCACCGGCCUGACUUUGUCUUCAACCUCUACCACACGCGUGGGGUGGGGUCACUGGCAGUGGAGCUGCUGCCCCCGUUCACCAUCAGUGGCUCUCUGGACACCGCAGGCAGUGGCUACAAACCCUUCCACACCCGGGGGCUGUGAGGAGGGGGCCGGGCUGCUGAGCAGGACAGCUGGGGUUGGAAGGGACCUCUGGAGACCACCUGGUCCAAACUGGCACCUGGAAGUACAACACAGGAGUGCAUCCAGGAGGAUUUUGAAUGUCUCCAGAGGGGGAGACUCCACGCUCUCCCUGGGCAGCUCCUCCAUCUGCUGCACAGCCACAGCUCUCUUGCUGCCCUUCCCUGGCCAUGGGCAGCACAGGAGGUGCCUGGGGCUGGCACUGGCACAGCCUCCCCUUGCUUGGGAUGGAGGAAUAGGAAUCCCAGGCUCCCUCAGCACUCAUCCCAGAGAAAACAGCCACCUUCCCAUGGCUCAGGGACCCUCCAGCCCUCGGGACCAGCCACCUGCAUGCCCAGGAGACCUGGGACUGUGAGUGCAGGGCACCAGCUAAGGAGGACAGCCAGGAGCCCCAGGACUGGGUGGCUGGGUUUGUGCAACUGUGGAAAAUGCUGUGAAGAGAUGGGAAAUCUGCUCCAGGCCCCCUCCUCGCUCUGGUAUCCAGACCAAUGUGGGAGUUUGUCCCCAGUAGGGCAAGCAAACAUCUCAGAAAGCCCCUGUGAGUGACUCAUGCUUUCACCUGAAAAACAUGCUCCCCGAGGAGGCUUUCCACCAGCAGUUUUCAUGGGACUAUCCCACCGUGAAGGUUCUUGGAAACUGAGUGACUCUUUGGAAAAACUUCCCUGCGAUCUGGCAGCAGUCAAGUGUGUAGCCCACGUAUCUGUGUGUUGUGAAAGGUCUGGAUGUCAUCGGAGGAUGUCACCAGAGCUGUGGACGUCAGCUGGAGGAGCCCAGUGCUGGCCAGAGGAAGGG